AUGGAACGCUGCUCGCCGCCUGGACAGGCGGUCCCGCCCCCCGCGCCUAACGGAAGAGGAACCCACCCGAUGUCUCGCCCCGCGUUGCUGCUUGCGCUGUUGUUCGCCACGGCCGGCCCGUCGGCCGCUACGACGAUCGACAUCCAGUUCACGAAUCUCGACCUGUCUUACGACGGCAGCACCGUCACUGAAGACGGCGACGGCGACACGCUCAGCUCCAUCACCAUCGACGAAGACGGCGUGAACGUCGCCGCCUUCAAUGGCGGGACCAUCGACCUGGAGAUUCCCGGGGUGACAGGGAUCGAUGUCGCGGGCGGAGUGGCCGUGAGCGACGACAUGGGCUGGAUGCUGCUGACCCUCCCGACGGGAGACACCGUCGAACUCAACCUCAGCAACGUCACCGUGAACUACGUCGACGCCGGCGCCUUCGGCGGCUUCGUCUUCGGCGGCACGAUCGCCCAGAUCCAAAGCCAGUCGCUGCCGAACGGCCUCGAGCUCGACGAUGCGGCCACGGUGUCGUUCUCGGCGUCGCUCGUCUCGUCGGACGACGACGGCACGCACCUGACGUCGUUCAAGGCGUCGGGCACCGGCCAGGUGAGCGGCUCGCUGCUCGUGCCCGAGCCGACCGCCGCCGCCGCCGCGGGGCUGAUGGGUUUCGCGUUUCUGCCGUUCCGCUAUACUGCGGGGCUACCCAACCUUUGCGCCCCGAGACCGUGGCGCCGGACUCCCGUCCGGCCGCGGCGAGGACCUCGAGUCAUGCCGAAGCAAAAGACCCACAAAGCGACCAAGAAGCGUUUUCGCCUGACCGGCACCGGCAAGGCGAAGCACCGCUUCAGCGGCACGAGCCACCUCGCCGCCCGCAUGAGCCAGAAGCGGAAGCGGAACCUGCGCGGCUGCGAGGUCACCAACGACAGCAACUCGAAGAAGAUCGCCGAGGUGCUGGCGGGGAACAGCUACUACACAGCACCCCGAAAAGGGGAGAAAGGGAGUCCCACCAUGCGGACCACCACCGGCGUCGCACGCCACAAGAAGAAGAAGCGUCUCUUCAAGCAAGCCAAGGGCAACCGCGGCGGUCGCGGCAAGCUGCUGCGGACCGUCAAGGAGACGGUCGUCCGCUCUGGCGCCUACUCGUUCCGCGACCGCAAGGUCCGCGCCCGCGAGUUCCGCAAGCUCUGGAUCACGCGCCUCAGCGCGGCGUGCCGCAUGCGGGGCCGCCGGUACAGCGAGUUCAUCCACGCCCUGACCGAGCUGAAGAUCGAGCUGGACCGCAAGACGCUCUCCGAGAUGGCGAUCCACGACGAGGCCGCCUUCGACGCCGUCUUCGCCCAGUGCGAGACCUUCUUGAAGAAGAAGGACGAGCAGCGUCUGGCGCGCGAGGCCGAAGAGAAGAAGGCGUCUCCUGACGCGGAUGACCCGCUGCAGGCGGCGUUUGACGGCGCCGCGGACGUCGCCGCGCUCGAAGCGGCGCGCGUCGAGUUCCUCGGCGCCAAAGCGGGCCGUCUCAAGGCGCUGCAGAAGGGCAUGGGCUCGGUCGAAAAGGCCGACAAACCCGCCGCCGGGCAGAAGCUCAACGCGGUGAAGACGGCGGUCGAGGCCGCGUUCGAGGCGGGCAAGACGCGUCUCGAGUCGGGCGCCGCCGAGGCGGACGCCGCCGCGUUCGACCCGACCGUCCCCGGACGCCCGCUGCGUCGCGGCCGCCUGCACCCGAUCACGCAGACGAUCGAGCGGAUGAAGGAGAUCAUGGGCCGCCUCGGCUUCACGGCCGUCGAGGGACCCGAGAUCGAGGACGACUGGCACAACUUCGUCGCGCUGAACAUCCCCGACACGCACCCGGCGCGCGACCCGCUCGACAACUUUUACUUGUCGGUAGCCGCUGCCGGGCUGGAAUCAAAGCCCGCGACGGGUCCCGACGGCAAGCCGCUGCUGCUGCGGAGCCAAACGUCGACUGUGCAGAUCCGGAUGAUGGAGUCAGCAAUAGCCGCUUCCGCGGAGGGGGGCCCGCCGCUGGUGCGGAUCGUCUCCCUGGGGCGCGUCUACCGGCCCGACACGGCCGACGCGACGCACUACCCGAUGUUCCACCAGGUCGAGGGCCUCUGCGUCGCGCCGGGCGUGACGAUGGCCGACCUGAAGGGCGUGCUGCAGAUGUUCUGGCAAUCCUAUUUCGGAUUAGAGAGCGACGAGCACAUCGACGUCCGCUUCCGCCCCAGCUUCUUCCCAUUCACCGAGCCGUCGGUCGAGUGCGACAUCUGGCACGACGGCAAGUGGAUGGAGAUCGGCGGCGCGGGGAUGGUCGACCCGAACGUACUCCGCGCGGUCGGCUACGACCCGGAGGAAGUCACCGGCUUCGCCUUCGGCCUCGGGAUCGAACGCGCGGAGGACGCGGAGAGCCUGACAGCAGCGAGGGGCGUAGCGAUGGAGGUCAAGUCCGUCGAAGUCUACAGCGAAGACUCAAAUUAUGCGGUCAUGAAGCCUCCCGGGCGACACUACCCCGGAGCCGUCAUUCAAGGCGACUCACUUGCUAUGCUCGCAAGGAUGUCCGUCAACAUCGCGCGAGCAGCAGCAGAAGACCGGCUAUCGUCCGAAGAUUGCCUGGACAACAUUCACGAACUCAAUGAGCUGUUGGUGGGCCGCGUGCUGCAUUACCAGUCGGUGCUUGAUCGACACGGUAUUGAAUACCCGCACGUCCGGCCCUUUUCUGAAGACGACAUCAUCGAGCUGACCGAGCGGCUCACGCUCACGGGGCUCAACCUCGAAGGGAUCGAGCAGGUCGGCGACGACACGGCGAUCGACCUGGAGGUCACGAGCAACCGCCCCGACUGCCUGGGGCACGUCGGCGUGGCGCGCGAGAUCGCUGUCCUCUGGGGGCAAGACCUCAAGCAGCCCCAGCCGAAGCCGGCGGGCAGCGGCCCCGCCGUGGGGGAGCAGGUUGAUGUCUCGAUCGAGUGCCCUGACCUCUGCCCGCGUUACACGGCGCGCCUCAUCAAGGGCGUGAAGGUCGGCCCGAGCCCCGCGUGGCUGCAGAAGCGCCUGACGACGCUCGGCGUCGCGACGAUCAACAACGUUGUCGACAUCACGAACUACGUGCUGAUGGAGUGCGGCCAGCCGCUGCACGCGUUCGACGCGGCGAAGCUCAAGGGCGGCAAGAUAAUCGUCCGCCAAGCCAAGGCCGGCGAACCGUUCACGGCGAUCAACCACAAAGAGUACGAGCUGACCGGCGACGAAGUCGUCAUCGCCGACGCCGAGCGCCCCGUCGCGCUGGGCGGCGUCAUGGGCGGAGCCGACACCGAAGUCUCCGAGGCGACGAUCGACGUGCUGAUUGAGGCGGCCGACUUCGCGCCGCUGUCGGUCCGCAAGGCGGCCCGCAAGCACGUGCUGUUCAGCCCCUCAAGCUACCGUUUCGAGCGCGGCGUCGACCCGGAGGGGAUCGACUGGGCGAGCCGCCGCUGCUGCGAGCUGAUCCUCGAGCUAGCCGGCGGCGAGCUGCAGGAGGGGGUCGUCGACGUGAAGACGCCCGCCUGGACCGAGCCCGCCGACCGCCGGUUCGACGACGACCGCGACCACAUCAAACUCCGCUACCCGCAACUGCCGCGCGUGCUGGGGAUCGACGUCCCCGCGGACGAGGUCCGCAAGAUACUUGCUGACCUCGGCUGCACCGAGACGCACAACUGCGACCAUUGUGUGAAGGUCGUUCCCCCCACUUGGCGGGCCGACCUGACGCGCGAGGUGGACCUGAUCGAAGAAGUCGCCCGCAUCUACGGGUACGACAAGAUCCCGACCGCCACGAGCCUGCCGAUCUUCCCGUCCGCCAAGCCGCGCGAGGACCACGUCGUCGAGCAGGUCCGCUCGAUCCUCACCGGCGCCGGGUUCGACGAGGCUUACACACUCAGCGCGGUCGAGCCGGAGCUCGCCGAGGCGUUCCGCCCGUGGGCGAUCGCCGACGGCGGCGGCGACGGGGCGCUGGCGACCGGCACGCCGGUCCUUCGGCGGGCUAGCCUGCUUCGGCAGAGCGUCACGCCGAGCCUGCUCGCUUGCCGUCGCACCAACGAAACGCUCUCCAACCCGGUGGUCGAGCUGUUCGAGAUCGCGAAGGUCUACCUCCCGGGCCCUUCGUCGGGAGAGGGAGGCGACCUGCCGACCGAGAAGCGGGUGCUCGCGAUCACGUCGGGCGGCGGUUUCGCGGAGCUGAAGGGGGUCAUCGAGGGGCUGGUGGAACACGUCGCCCCGACGGCCGUGUUAACGACGACGCCGGCGAAGGGGUCGUUGCUGGAUGGGUCGCGGAGUUGUGGGUUGCUGCUAAGCGGCAAGCCGCUUUGUUUGCUGGGAGAGCUGAGCGAGGAGGGGCGUGGCAAGUUCGAACUGCGGGGGGCGGCUUCGGUUGCGGAGCUCGACCUCGGCGUGCUGGUCGGCGCGGCGGAGCUGGUCCGCACGACGCGGCCGCUUUCGAGCUACCCGCCCGUGUCGCGUGACCUGAACGUCGUCGUGGACGAGGCGACGCCGUGGGCGUCGAUCGAGCAGGCGGCGGCGACAGCCGGCGGAGACGGCGCUUCAGGCAACCUUGUCGAACAAAUCGCGUUCACCGACGACAGCUUCCGCGACGCGUCGCAGCUCGGCGCGGGCAAGAAGAGCGUCGUCUUCCGCGUGCAGCUCCGCUCGACGGAGGGGACGCUCACCAGCGAACAGGCCGACGCGGUGGUCGAGCGGAUCGUCGCCGCGCUGCGGUCCGAACUCGGCGGCGAGCUGCGUUCGUGA